AUGACCAUCAAAGUAGCCGUGAUCGGUGCCGGCCCGGGCGGCCUAGCGACGCUCAAGACGCUCCUGGAUGCGUCCACGCCCGAGCGCCCGAUCGAAGCCUGUCUGUUUGAGGCUGAAGGGGAUAUUGGCGGUACCUUUCAUUACCGCUCCUACGAAAAUGCCGAGCUGGUGAGCAGCAAACAGCUCACCUCCUUCUCCGACCACCGCUUCCCACUCAGCACGCCGGACCAUGUGUCUCUGCCGGCGUACGUGGACUAUCUCAAGUCCUACAUUGCACAUUUCGCACUCGCCGACCAUAUUCAACUGAAUUGUCCCGUCGUCCGGGUCUCGAGACUCGGGGCAGCGGCCCGCUGGAAGCAUCGCGUAACUUACCUCGAUCGCAAACGUCCUGGAGGUGCGCAGGAACAAUUCUUUGAUUGUUCCCAUGUGGCCGUCUGCACUGGCCUCCAUGUCCAACCCAACACUCCUUCCAUUGUAGGCAUCGAGAAUGUUCAGGGCGAAGUUUUUCAUUCCUCCCAAUAUAAAGGCAGAGCCCAAGUGGCUGGUCGUCGUGUUCUCAUCCUCGGUUGUGGCGAGACAGCUAUGGACAUCGCAUACGAGUCCAUCAAGGCCAACGCCGAAUCCGUAACCAUGUGUUUUCGGACCGGCUUCCUCUCAUUUCCUAAACAGCUUAGUCGGUUUCAGGUAUUCGGCAAGACGUUUAGUGGUGGCCUUCCGAUUGAUGGGCUAAUCACCAAUCUUUUCGAGACGGCUUACGUGCACCGGGCGAUUGCGAAAAGCAGACUCCGCUGGUUUAUCUCCGAUUUUGUCAUCAAGAGAGUCUUGUGGUUCUUGACCGGCACCCAGGCCGGCAUGAACCAGCAUGUCGGUAGUCUUCCCAGGGAACGACUGGGCAGAGCCUAUGUGUUUCUAAACAAAAGUAACAAAGCAAUGCCCUAUCUGAAUCGGCCCUAUCAGCAGCACAAUCCAUUCCUCGCUUUGAUCGGAAACCGAUACAUCGAUCCUCCCGAGGAUGCCACCUCAGAUCGGUUUGUGGACACUUGCACCUGGCCACGCUCGAUCGAUGACACUGGUAGAGUCAUAUUCGAGCCAAAGGCAGACCGGAAGGACUGGCAGCGGCUGAAAGAGCAGGAGAUCCGGCCUGACUGCGUGGUCUAUUGUACUGGAUAUCAACAAACAUUUCCUUACCUGGACGCGUCCUACCCCACUGCAUCAGACGCUCACAUUCGAAAUAUUGUCGACCCGUCUCACCCCGACAUCUCUUUUAUCGGCUUUGUCCGGCCAGGAGUCGGCGCGAUCCCUCCCAUCGCCGAGCAGCAAGCCAUGUGGUGGACGGCCCUCAUCACCGGCCAAAUGAAGAUGCCCACCGAUCCUCCACACUAUCAUCUGCUGGCAACCUCAAGCUCUCGCAUUCAGUACGGCGUAGAUCAUAGCGCCUACAUGAGCACCCUGGCCCGGGACUUUGGGGGGGCUCCCGGGCUGAUCGAACUCUAUCGUCGACAUGGGUUUCGGAUCCUUCUCACCUAUUGCUUUGGGGCAUCCUUUGUCACUUUUUACCGACUGGUGGGUCCAUUCGAGUCGGCCGUGGCCCCCGAGAUCGCGCGCACCGAGUUAGCUGAGACCAUCCAGCGUCGGGGUUUGAUUGGCAAUCUGCUGUUCGGGAUCGUGCCGAUGCUAUUCUAUGGGAUGGUCAAUCUUGGAGCCCUACUGUUGGAUCUGGUCGGAUUGAUUCCAGCCGAAAAACCGAGUACGGAAUCUGGGAAAUAA